CAUUACUCUGUACGGUUAUACUUAAGAAGGUGGUCACGUCAGCAGCCAUUCAGUUAUUCUGCUUUUGCGCUGAACGCAUCAUGUCUCGUGAAGAGGUCACUAUGUUGGUACUAAGAAAGAUCGUGGUUGACGCGUUUAUGUUUGGUGCUUUGGCGCUCAGUAUCUAUUUCACACGGUACCUUUGGCUACCCUUCGAGCGUGGCUUUUUCUGCGGCGACGAGAGCCUCAUGUUCCCCUACAAGGACGACACCGUCUCUACCACGGUGCUCAGAGCCGUCGGGCUUGGAUUACCCAUUGUCAUUUUCCUUAUAUGCGAAUGGGUGUUACUUCGGAAAGACUACGAGGAUCAGCGUUGCCUCGGCCUGCGUGUGCCGAGCUGGUUGCGCGGCUUCUACUGCGCUUUGGUCUCGUUUGGCCUGGGAACCUGCUUUGUUGAGCUCAGCACCAACAUUGCCAAGAACGUCAUAGGAAGACCACGACCGCAUUUCUUUGAUUUAUGCAAGCCAUCAGUGGACUGCGGUAUUGAGAGGUGGCGCGGACGGUACAUCCAGGCGGAUGAGUACACAUGCACCGGCACUCUUACAGACAAGUUCACGGACAUGCACAUGUCUUUCCUCAGCGGACACUCAGCCUGGUCCGCGUACACUAUGAUUUAUUUAGCUCUAUAUCUAGAGAAGCGCAUGGUUUGGCGCGGCACCCGAGUCCUCCGCCAUUCUCUGCAGUUCGUGGUCGUCAUGCUGAGCUGGUUCACCGCGCUUUCUCGUGUCUCAGACUACAAGCACCACUGGAGCGAUGUGCUCGCUGGUUAUUUCCUUGGUGUUACACUUGCUGUACUUGUGUGGACGUGGGGCACCGAUAUCGUACCUCAGAAGAAAAAACAUUCCCCGUUGCCUCAACAUGACUUUUCCAUGGCAAUACACCCACAUGCAGCAGCGCCUGCGUAGCAGAUACAUAAUUUAAUAAUUAAUUUACGAUAAUACU